AUGAGUACGAUAAAGUACAUCAAAGGAUUCUGCAUAGGAAGACAGACAGAUUGCAAAAUUCUUUUUUAAAUAAGUAGAGUGCCUUCUGAAAAUACAGAAUAAAAUGAAAAGGAAAUAUCUUAACAUAUUUAGAAUUACCUUAAAAAUGAUGAAGAACAAAAGUCAUAUGAAAUAAAUAAAACUCAUUAAAUUGUUGCCAACGAAGGCGUGUACUGCACUCUUAUUGAUGAUAAAAAAAUUGUGUAUACAACUCUUGUGAAUGAAAUAUAUCCAUUUGAUCAAGCCUAACUUAUGUUAAAUAAUAUAAAAAAGGAACUAAAGAAUAUGCCUAACUACGAAAAGCAGAGCGAUAAGACAAUCUAAAACUUUGCUAAGGGUUUUAUUGUUUAAAUAAUUGAUAAAUUUGAUUCUGAGUAAAUUGUUCAAGAUGCAAUAAAAAUAUUUUCGCACAAGCAAAUUGAAAUAGAAGACAUUCAUGCAUAAAUUGAGCAAAACCUUAAGCAAAUCAACACAGACCAUUCUAAUCCCUCUAAUUUUUCUACUGCUGAUUAAAAGCUAAGUCCAGAGCUUGAGAAAUUAAGGCAGCAACAAGAAAGUAACAAAGAAGAUCAAAAGGCAAAAACCAAAGAAUAAAAUCAAUAAGAAAAUCAGUAACUUUAACAAAAGCAAUUAAAAAAUGCUGUUGCAGUAAGAAACUUAAAAAUAAAAAUUAUUGUAGCUAUAGUGAUUAUUUCAAUUGUACUUUAUGCAGUCAUACCCCUUUUCUGA